UAAAUAAACCAAAAAAAAAAAAACACAAUGAUACAAAUAGUUAAUGGAACGAAUAUAUGCUAGUGUUAAACUUGAAAUUAUGCUAGUUUUCAUUUGCUCAAAGCUUUAAAAAUUUAGUGGAAUGAAUCUGUGGCCAAAUAAUAUUUGAGAGGGGAAGAAUACUGUUGUGAAGCAAUAGCUUGUUACUCCAGCCUAUUUGGCAAUAUACUCUUCCAGGCAGUGCUCAAGCUUAACAAGGAGACUUUUAUUUUCGUAGGGAUUAAACCAAGAGUGCUAAUUCUAAAUCAAUUCGGAUUUGGUAUUCAUUAGUUUUCAUAAUUAGUCUACUUAAGUUUGUAGUCAAAAUCAUAUCAAAAUAGGUUUUCUAUUCUUUGGUAAAGGUAAGUUUUGUAUUGUGUUACAGUGCUAUAAAAUAUGAGUGCUUUUACCUAUUUUCUCUGUCCCAAUUUAUGUGAUAUAUUUAAAAGUUCUUUUUUCUUUUCUCUUAAAUUUGGUGCCCAGUCAAAAGGCCGAUGGAGUAGUACUUUUCUUCAAUUCACCAAAGUCGUUAGGUUUUGGUUUUCUUUGUGAAAGUCGUUAAGAAAAGUAAAACGCAAAUCGUAAUUUUUUUCCCCCAGGAAAGCAAAGAAAGGGGAAAAGAAACAUUAGCUAGACAGAGUGACAAUCGGCGUACUUCAGUCACCACAGGAAUAAAUGUCGGCCAAUCUCCCAAUUCCCCCCAACACCACCGUACACGUCACCAAAGACAACCUCUUCGCCGCCGUAGACAUCGGCACAAACUCCUUCAAGCUCCUCAUAGUCCACACCGACCCUUCCACCGGUCGUUUCCUCACAAUCGAUCGUUUCAAAGAACGAGUCCUCCUCGGCCUUAACACCACCACAACCAUCUCAACCGCGUCCCUUCUACGCGCCACCAAAGCACUCCAAAAAUUCCAGAACCUUCUCCAAUCCCAUCACGUUCCUUCUUCCAAUUCUCGCUUCGUAGCCACUUCUGCUGUUCGAGAAGCUUCCAAUCAAUCACAAUUCCUUAACACUAUUCACCAAACCCUAGGCCUGAAUAUUGACGUGCUUUCCGGUAUCGAAGAAGCGCGUCUUAUAUACCAAGGUAUACUUCAAUUCCAUCCUGUUUAUGACCGUACAAUUCUUACAAUUGAUAUAGGUGGUGGGUCCACUGAGUUUGUUAUUGGAAAAGAGGGGAAAACUUUGUUCUCUAUUUCACUAGCAUUAGGACAUGUUACAUUAACUCAGAGAUUUCCUGAAGUUACUGAAAUGAGGGAACAUAUUAAGGUUAUAAUCCGUGCCUCGGGGUUAAAUGAGAAGAUUAAGAAUUAUAAUAUUGAUAAAGUGAUUGGUUCAUCGGGGACGAUUAGGAAUAUUGAGAAGGCGAUUUUUCGUGGCUAUUCGAGUAAUAUGGAGGGAAAUGUUGAGGAAAGUAAGAGGGAUUGGAGUUUUACAACGGAAGAAUUGAAGGGUUUAGUGGAGAGGUUGAGUGAGGACGAGAGAAGAGUUGGAGGGAAAGUUCGAAAGCAGGGUUUUUUCAAGAAGAGGUCGGAAUUUAUUGUGGCGGGGGCGGUUUUAUUGGAGGAAAUAUUCGAGGAGCUUAAGAUUGAGGAGAUGGAGGUUUCCGGGUAUGCAUUAGGAGAAGGUGUGAUUGCAGAGAAGUUAGGAGAGGUUUUCGAUAAUUAUGAUCCGAGGGCGAAUGCGAGGUGGAGGUCUGUAGUGAGGCUCGCGACAAGGUUUAAUAACAAACAGCGCAUGAAAUCUGCUGCGUUAUGCUUUAGUGUUGCAAAGGAGAUGUUUGAUGGUUUGGGAAAACGGUAUGAAUCAGCCAAUGGUUCUGAUGGAUUCGUUGUAUCCUUGGAGGAUAAAGAUCUUGAGUAUCUUGAGGCAGCUUGUUUGCUUCACAAAAUCGGUCUUUCUGUUGGUAAAAAGGGCUAUCAUAAGCAGUCUUACCAUAUAAUAAUGAAUGGCGACCAUCUGCAUGGUUAUAAUGCCGAAGAGGUUAAGUUAAUAGCUCUACUUGUGCGGCACCAUAGAAAGAAACUUCCUGAAUGUGAUCAUGUGGUGCCCGAGGAAUUAACAAAAGAGAUGAGAGGGAAAUUCAGAAUUCUUUGUGCAAUUCUACGUGUAUCUGCUGCAGUCGAGAAACCACAGCUGAUCAACUUUGACAAUGUGGAAUUCUCACAUACCUGUGAAGGAUAUAAAUUGGUACUUGAAGCAGGAAAUUUGCCGUCCCCUGGUAAUUUGCUGCCAUCAGUGGAAGAUAUUGAGGCAGAGCUUGGUAAAGAGUUGGAACACUUCAGAAUGGUGUUCCAGGAAAGAUUGUCAAUUGCUGUCACUUCAAGCACUUCAUCAUAAUCAGGAAGAGAUGCUAGGAAUACUGAGAUGCUCUUUUUUGGGGGUUCGGGGGGUGGGGUGAUGGGCCUUGCUAAUAAAAUGAUGGUAAAAUAUAGUAUUCUGUAAAAGCCAUGUUGUAAUGUAUGCUAUACGCGCGCGCACACACACUUACACGGACACUUCGACUGUUACAAGUAACAGCUAGCAGCUUCUUCUUGUCACACAAAAAGCCUAUUCCAGUAGAUCCUUGCAAUUUUCUAGCAGUUGUUGGAUGCAGAGAGUAAAACCUGGUCCCUAGUAAGACUGUUGAAACUUGCUAUAUUUAUCGUUGCGGUUGAAAUUUAAUGUAUUUAUCUUUUACUUUUGCAA